AUGGCGCUGUGCCAGAUGCGCCUCGGCGAGGAGAGAAAGCAAUGGCGAAAAGAUCACCCUUUCGGAUUCUGGGCUCGACCUGUCAAGGACAAGAAUGGUGUCAUGGACCUGAAGACUUGGGAGUGCGGUAUUCCUGGCAAGGAAAAGACGAUCUGGGAGGGUGGCAUGUUCAAGAUGACGAUGAGUUUUCCUGAUGAGUACCCCACGAAGCCCCCCAAGUGCAAGUUCACCCCGCCGUUAUUCCAUCCGAAUGUGUAUCCCUCCGGUACAGUCUGCCUGUCGAUCUUGAACGAGGAAGAAGGCUGGAAGCCAGCGAUCACGGUCAAGCAGAUUGUACUGGGUGUGCAGGAUCUUCUCGACAACCCCAACCCCGAGUCCCCCGCACAAGCUGAGGCAUAUAAUCUCUUUAAGAAAGACCGGGUGGAGUAUGAGCGAAGGGUUCGACGAGUGGUCAGAGAGAAUCAGCCGUGA